AUGCAGCAAAGAUUACGGUCUCUCAAGCGCCCUCUGCUCCUCGCAGCAGCGGCCACAACAACAGUCGCCGUCGGCGGAGGCUACUACGCCACUCGCAACAGAACACACAUCGUCGACAAGGCCCUCGUUCCCAUCAAGCGCGAUUCCACAGGACGCAUCGUCCCUCCUACCUUCAGCGCAACAAAGUCACGCGCUGAGGCCCUCGCCGAGCUGCGACGCAGCGCCCAGCCCGACAAGGACACAGAAUACGACCUGCUCGUCAUCGGCGGCGGUGCUACCGGAACCGGUAUCGCUAUUGAUGCCAUCACCCGCGGCCUCAAGGUCGCCCUCGUCGAGCGCGAUGACUUCUCAUCCGGCACCAGCUCCAAGAGCACGAAACUUGUACACGGUGGUGUGCGAUACCUAGAAAAGGCCGUAUGGAACCUCGACUACGGUCAAUUACAGCUCGUCAUGGAGGCUCUCCGCGAGCGCAAGACAUUCCUCAACAUCGCGCCCCAUCUGUCCAGCUCGCUGCCCAUUCUGCUGCCCCUCCAGAAAUGGUGGGAGGCGCCCUACUUCUGGGCCGGCACCAAGGCCUACGAUCUCCUCGCUGGCUCCCAGGGUCUCGAGAGCUCGUACUGGAUGAGCAAGAACAAGGCUCUCGAGGCGUUCCCUCUUCUGCGCAAGGAGAGCAUGGUUGGUGCCCUGGUUUACUACGAUGGCCAGCACAACGACUCCCGAAUGAACGUCGCUCUCGCUCUUACUGCUUCCCACUACGGUGCUACCAUUCUCAACCACGUUGAGGUGACAGGUCUUGACAAGGAUGCCAACGGCAAGAUCAUCGGCGCUGAAGUCCGCGAUGUCCUCUCCUCCAAGAACGGCGACUCCGCCAACGCUGCACCCUUCAAGGUCCGCGCCAAGGGUGUCGUCAACGCUACCGGUCCCUUCACCGACGCCAUCCACCAAAUGGACGAUCCCUCUCGCAAGCCCAUCGUCGCCCCCGCCUCAGGCGUGCACAUCAUGCUCCCCAAGAGCAUCUGCCCCAACGGUCUUGGCCUUCUUGACGCUGCCACCUCUGACGGCCGUGUUAUCUUUGUUCUUCCCUGGCAGGGAUACACUCUUGCCGGCACCACCGACAACCCCUGCGAAGUCGAGCGUGCACCUGUCGCACAGCAGAACGAUGUUGACUUCAUUCUCCAAGAGGUCAGCAAGCUUUUGAACCCCGACUCUGCUCUGUCGCGCCAGGACGUUUUGGCUGCUUGGUCUGGCAUCCGACCUCUCGUCAAGAACCCCAAUGCGAAGAACACCGAAUCCCUCGUCCGAAGCCACCUUAUUACAACAUCUCCCUCUGGCCUCCUCACCUGCGCCGGUGGAAAGUGGACCACAUACCGAGAGAUGGCUGAGGAUACCGUCAACCAGGCCCUCAAGCUCUUCGACAUCAAGCCCCAAGCCGUCGCUCUCCCCGAUAUCAGCGGUGCCAACGCCGCUGGCUUCACCACCAACGGCGUCUGCUGCACCCGCGACGUUCCCCUCAUCGGUGCCCACGGAUAUUCCACCUCUCUUGCCUCUCAAUUGAUGGAGGCAUACCCCAUCGAUGCCGAUAUCGCCGACCACCUUGCGCACAACUACGGUGAUCGCGCCUGGACCCUUCUCUCCAUCUCUCCCUCUCUCAACACCCGUCUCGUUUCCUCCAUGCCCUUCAUCGAGGCUGAGGUCACUCACGGCAUCCGCUCCGAAGCCGCCUGCACCGUCGCCGACAUCAUCGCCCGCCGUACCCGUAUCUCCUUCCUUGACUCCUCCAAGGCCCUUGAGGCUCUCCCCCGCGUUCUCGACAUUGCUGCCACCGAACUACAAUGGAACUCCGCCCGCAAGCAGCAGGAGAAGGCCGACGCCGUUGCCUUCCUCGCCUCCAUGGGUCUCGAGCAGAAGACCUCUGCACCUGUCCAGGCCUCCAAGGAGGAGAAGAUGCUCGUCCGCGGCACUGAGCAGCCAACCCGCCCUAAGCGUGUCGGUGGCCUCGAAGUUGACCUGAACGGUCUCGGCAGCACUGGCUCGUACAGUAAGUCUCGCGACGAGUAA